AUGGCGACCUCCAUGGUUUGCCUGGUUGCGCUCUGCCUCGUGUCUCCGCUGCUCCUCGCCGGCGCCGUCCUCGGCAACCCGGGCUACGGCGGUUUGUUUCCACAGUUCUACGAUCACUCGUGCCCCAAGGCAAAGGAGAUCGUGCAUUCCAUUGUGGCGCAGGCCGUGGCCAGGGAGACCAGGAUGGCGGCGUCCCUCGUCAGGCUGCAUUUCCAUGACUGCUUUGUCAAGGGUUGCGACGCUUCUGUCCUGCUGGACAACAGCACAAACAUUGUGAGUGAGAAGGGGUCCAACCCCAAUAAGAACUCCAUCAGGGGGUUCGAGGUCGUCGAUGAGAUCAAGGUCGCCCUUGAGACCGCCUGCCCCGGCACCGUCUCCUGCGCCGACAUCCUCGCUCUCGCCGCACGCGACUCCACCAUCCUCGUCGGUGGCCCUUACUGGGAUGUGCCACUCGGGCGGAGGGACUCUCUAGGCGCGAGCAUCCAGGGCUCCAACAAUGACAUCCCAGCACCAAACAACACCCUUCCCACCAUCAUCACCAAGUUCAAGCGCCUCGGCCUCAACAUCGUCGACGUUGUCGCCCUCUCAGGUGGCCACACCAUCGGCUUGUCCCGCUGCACCAGCUUCAGGCAGAGGUUGUACAACCAGUCCGGCAACGGCCUCGCCGACAGCACGCUGGACGUGUCCUACGCGGCUCAGCUGAGGCAGGGGUGCCCACGCUCUGGUGGCGAUGACAACCUCUUCCCGCUCGACAUCGUCACCUCCACCAAGUUCGACAACUUCUACUUCAAGAACAUCCUUGCCGGCAGGGGCCUUCUCAGCUCGGACGAGGUCCUGCUCACCAAGAGCGCCGAGACGGCGGCGCUCGUGAAGGCGUAUGCAAAUGAUGUGCAUCUCUUCUUCCAGCACUUCGCCCAGUCAAUGGUGAACAUGGGCAACAUCUCGCCACUCACUGGGUCACAAGGGGAGAUCAGGAAGAACUGCAGGAGGCUCAACAAUUUCCACUGA